GAAAUAUGUAUAAAUUGGUAUGAGUUAGAUAAGAGAAUUGUGGCAAUGGAGGUAAUGGCGAGGGUUGGAAUUCAUGUCAACCCCUAUCCAUCUCCCUCUCUCCAUAAUCUUCUUCGUCUGCAUACUCAGAACACCCUGUCUCUUUCCUGUUGCCGCUCACUUUCCGUAUACGAUCAUCGUUGUUUCCUCCUCCUCUCGCCGUGGCCGCUCCAUAUACGCAGGUCCCGUCAGUGGGACUCCAACGCGGAAACCAACAAUAGCAAGAACUUCAAUUUCGGGGAUGAUGUUGAAAGAGAAGAUAUUGAUGAUGGCAUGGAGCAGUGGACUGAAGUUCUUGAGGAUUAUAUUGACAGCAUCUGGAUACUUAAGGUGUUUGGAUCCUAUGGUUGGCUGCUUCCAGCUAUUAUAAUAUCACUGCUGCUGACAAAUGGUCCAAAGGCUUUUCUUAUGGCAUUAGCACUUCCCUUUGGACAGUCAACUUUUACAUUUGCAAUAGAGAAGUUCCAGAACAGGGGAAGGAUCAAGCCAAAGCCCAAGACCAAGACUAAGAAAGGAAGAUCACGUGCUUAUAGUUCAAGGAAAGCUGAAAUGGAAGAAGAGGCUGAAUGGAUUGGUAGCCGACAGCCCAGAAAGAAAAAGAAAGGAUAUCAAUCCUGGGUUUCGAAAACUGGUGUUUCUGUUAGCAGCAAUGAUAAAAGUGCAGCCAAUUUUGGUGGAUGGGACGAGCUUGAUGUAGGGAUGGAUUCCAAUGUAGGAUCUUCAAGAAGGGCAGCACAUAAAUCAAGUGGGUUGAGAGAGGAACAUGCAGAGAAAGGCAAGAACAAGAAAUGGAGUGAAAGUGAUGGGCCAUUAUUGCUGAGGUUGCUGAUUUCUAUUUUUCCAUUUUUGAGUUCAUGGACUAAAGUGCUAUAAUAGUACUAUAAGCUAAUUGUUGAAAAGUGCAUCACCAGUCUUUCGAUCAUACAACUUGGAUCUUGCUUGCACAUGGAGAUCUAAGUGGACAUUUACCUCGAAAGCAAGGUCGAUAAAUACUCUCUAAGGCUACCCAACUAACCUCAAAGGUAUGCUGAUCCAAUUCUUGUUCAUUGUAUUGUAUUCGUUGCCGAGAGUGAUUGCAAAAUGCUAGAUCUUUGAGCUUCUUUGUGGAGUCAACAUGCAUUCAAGUGAGGGAUACAUCGAAGCAAUCUUCGUAUUAUGUGCACCACCAUAUAUCUUGAAGGUAAGAUGGACGUAACUUUCUUCCAAGUUUCACUCUCUCAGACGUGAUGGAGCUAAUGCGGGAGUAAUCUCCUUCCAACUUUCACCAUCUUGGUAUUCAUUCCUGCACUUGGAUACAUUCUUGGUCGAUGAUUAUUCCGGUUCUUCUCUGGACAGUGGUGCUGGUGGCAUAAUGGCCUUCCACUCUAGGCCUGUCAAAUGACAGGUUUUAUCCUACUCAAAUCCGUACUCAACAAAUACCCAGAAUAAUUACUUAUGUACCCACCCUUGCCCUAUUCACAGGACACCUAUUGGGUCUUACACGUGUCAUAGAUCGUGUCGGGUAGCAAAUAUCAGCAUGAACCUUCGGGUUGCUUUCUUGAUGAUCUGAUGGAGAAUGCGUAUAGAUUGAUUGCAAGCACUGUUUUGCAAUUGCCUGGAAUAAACUUUUUCAGUUCUAAUGUUGCUCCAGUUCUAAAGUAUAAAAGAUCAGAGAAUGACUCUUUAAUCUGAACUCAGCA